UCGUGUUUAUAGUAUCAGCGAAUAAACACAUAAAUUAAAUAACGAAAGCUAUUAAAUGUAGCCCAGUAAUCGUUUGCAGAGAAACUGUGUCACGUCCUUUGUGUGACAUUCUUGUGUUGUGAGUUGCUGCAGGAGCGCGAGGCAUGCGUCACGCGUCACAGGCAUUGCGGCGGAGGUGAUACAAGAGGAGAGGAUGAUGAACAGGAUAGGCAAAAUAAGACGAACUAAGAAUUAAGCUUCAGUGGUUUGGGAGAUUCUACGCCUGCUGUUGAAGACAUUUGUAACAAUCCCGGUGUAACGAUAGUGAAACAAUCCGACAAUCUAGGUCCUCGGUUCUUUAGAGACAAAAGCAAAAUUGAAGUCUGUGCUUUAUGCUUGACGUGACUAACGCCGUUCAUUUGGAGAAAUCAGUUCAUUUGUGGCGCGCGUAUCAUCCGGACGACGAUAAAUGAAUUAACGUUACAUGAUUUCCACACGAACUGGAGUUCCCUUAUUAGGGGCAAAGCUGGACAUGUUGUAGUAUCUCACUGAGAAGUUGCCAAGCUGGACGAGUCCAGUUCUGAGUGCUCGAGAACAGAUCCUACAGAACCUGUACACCUUGGACCCAUCCCAGAAGAGCAGUAUGUAGGUGAAGGAACCGAGGAACCAGUGCUUCAAGCGCCACAUGCCGGCUACAGGGACGCAGAAACAAUCACAGGUCAGAACGUGUGUGAAUGUGUGUUGUUUCGUACUAGUGUUGAUUUGCACAUCUCUGUCUCUCUCUGUUGUAGAUGUUUGUAACAGCACAGAGCUCCCUGAGGUGGAGAUUAUCAGUCUGCUGGAGGAGCAGUUGCCGGUCUACAGGCUGAGGGCAGACUGUGUGUACGGCUAUGAGCACGACGACUGGAUCCACACACCUCUCAUCUCGCCCGACACGCGCAUAGACCUCACCUCAGAGCAGAUUGAGGAGACGCUCAACUACUUUUUACUAUGUGCCGAGCGAGUGGGCCAGAUGACUAAGACCUACAAUGACAUUGACGCUGUCACAAGACUUCUGGAGGAGAAAGAGCGGGAUCUGGAGCUCGCUGCCCGCAUCGGUCAGACCCUCCUGAAGAAGAACCGUGUUCUGUCAGAGCAGAACGAAUACCUGGAGGAACAAGUGGGCACCAUCAGGGAGGAGGUGGCUCAGCUGCACCAUGAGUUGAAUCUAAAAGAUGAGCUCCUGCAGUUCUACACUAAUGCAGCGGAGGAGAGCGAAGAGGGGUCUGGAUCGCCCACGAGUCAACAGGGAAGGGCAGGAGUUUCUGCCCGUAGUGGUUCCUCUCUGGACAUUCUGCAGCAAAAACUACGAGACCUGGAGGAGGAAAAUAUCUCUCUCAGAUCAGAGGCGAGUCAGCUGAAGUCUGAGACAGAGUCAUAUGAGGAGAAGGAACAGCAGCUGGUGAAUGACUGCGUCAGAGAGUUAAGGCAGUCCAGCAUCCAGAUCUCCAGUAUAGCAGAAGAACUGGCCAAAAAAACUGAAGAUGCCUCUCGCCAGCAGGAGGAAAUCACACACCUUCUCUCUCAGAUAGUGGACCUGCAGAAAAAAGCCAAAACGUGUGCUGUCGAGAACGAAGAACUUUCUCAGCACCUUUCGGCAGCUAAAGAUGCUCAAAGACAGCUUACAGCCGAGCUGCAGGAGCUGGAGGAGAAAUACUCAGAGUGCAUUGAAAUGCUCCAUGAGGCUCAAGAGGAGCUCAAGAACCUACGGAACCGCAGUGUGUCCGCAGGAACUCCUCGACGCUAUCACCCUCUGGGACUUUUUCCCAUGGACUCCCUGGCUGCUGAAAUUGAGGGAACCAUGAGGAAAGAAUUGAGUCUGGAGAAUCCUGACAAUGAAGAACAGAGGGUUCGUCAUAAGCGUGUGUUUGAAACCGUGAAGAACAUCAACCAGUCUGUCAGACAGCGAUCUGCUAAUUCUGCUACCAACAUCCCUGGGUCCAAUCAGACGCUCUCCUCCCUUAGCUCCGCCCUCUCUGACAGCAAUAGCAACAAUGCAGCGCCUGAUAACCGUACACAGAGCAUGCUCCAGGAGACCGGCUCCUCAGAUGCUGCUGUGGACACCCCUGAGAAGCGAUCUGGCUCUGAGGGGCUCAAACUCGCUCUGAGGCGACUGUCUCUGCGACGGCAGAACUGUCUGAGCGAGCGUCUCUUCUUCGAGGGGGAGCGGGAGAGGCGUAAUCGAGAGCCAGCGGACAGUGGAGAUUACUCAAACAGGCUGGUGCACAGCGAGAGCAUUAUGUCACUGGGCGCUUGGGCCAGCCGGCCCUAUCUUCCCGACAAGCUCCAGAUUGUCAAACCUCUGGAAGGCUCGGCUACGCUUCAGCACUGGCAGCAGUUGGCUCAACCUAAUCUGGGCAGUAUCCUGGAUGCUCGACCUGGUGUGGUCCCGAAAGGCUUCCGUCCCUUGGAGUUGGACCUGGAGGAAGUAUAUCACUAUGCCGAUUAUGAGGAAGAUGAGCCUGGAGAGCAGUAUUUCCAGAGCCUUCCCACCACAAUCAAUUCCAGUGUCCCUCCUGCCCAUAGCCUCACCCCCUCAGCCUCCUCAUCACCAUGUCCCAGCACAGGUCACGCUUCCAUAGAGUUCUCAAUGUAUUUCCCGGGCAAAUGCAUGGCUCACACAAGUUCAACCUACACCUUCACCACCUGCAAAAUCCUCCAUCCGUCUGAUGAGCUCACAAGGGUGACACCCAGUUUAAACCCCGUCCUCACCUCGUCCUGCGUGAUGUCAAGCAGUCUGCGCUCGACACCUGCCGCCACGCCGUGUACUCCUCGGCGAAUGAGUCUGUCCCAGUCUCAGUCAUUCACAAACCUGCGGGACUCCACCAAAACCUUCAGCACAUCUUUGGGCCUGGUUCGGCUCCUGCAGGAGAGGGGCAUCUCUGCUGCCGUGUACCAGCCUCAGAGCUGGGACAGAGGAAGCGGAGGAGUCCUCUUCUCCACCUCAGUUCUUCCUCCUCCACUUCCCGACCCGAACAGACCCACCACUCCACCAAAUUCCCCCACCCGUUGCACUCCCAGCCCAGGUUCAGCGGUUUCUGAUGCGGACACCUCCACGCCUUUCUCUUUCAAGAGCCCAUCCUAUGAAAACUUCUUGGCAUCCAAGCCAGCAAGGUCUAUUUUGAAAGAGGUGGCAGGGGUGUCUGGGGCUCAGGCUAAAGACUGUGAGAGCCAAACUGAUGUCAGUAUGUAUAGUCUCAACUUGGUUGAUAAGCUGAAAAGGUUGGGGUUGGCAAGCCCUGGGGCUUCUGGGGCAACGGGGGGAGGGAUUCCAAGGCCAAGCCCACUUAUAGGUCCUCUGGGUGGGCUUCGGAGGGCAGGGUCCCCCUUUAAUUCACUAAACGAAGGUAUGAGGAGGAAUCGAAGCUAUCCUGCUAUGGUUGGGGCCAGUAUGGCAAUGAAGGGGCCCGGCCCUCAAGGGGACGAAAUGCUGUUGGCUCCUAAACUACCCAAGCAAACAAGUCUUAAAUAAUGAGUUAUGCAUAAUAAUGAAUCUCACAAUCAGUGGAUUGUACCUCACUAACUUGCUAACAAAUAAUUCAAGUCAUAACUUGUAAUAUACACUAAAAAAUACUCUCACUCUCACCAGUGAUAAUCCCCCCCCCCCCCCC